AUGCGCGCCGAGGAUCCAGAGAAAGACAGCGCCAUUACCUCUGCUUCGCCCUCGCCAGCAGCGGAGACGGCUGAUCGCGCCACAGAUGAAGGAGAAAAGGAAGUCGACCAUGACGGGCAAUCGCGAUCGAAUGCUUCCAGCGUGGUGGACGACGAGGGCAAAGAUGGACCUGAUGAGGAACAACCGCCGAUCACACGGCAGUUGACUGAACUGGGGCCGCCGAUCAAGGUUUCGCGAUUGAAGCGGAGAGGCUUGUUUGGGCAGUUGACCUUGUUGGCUGAAGUGGAGAAUCCCAAGACAUACACGCGCAAGAAGAAGUGGUUUAUCACUUUUGUUGUCGCCUGGGCUGGUGUCACGGCGCCGAUGGGAAGCUCGAUUUUCUUCCCUUCGCUCUCCCAAGUAUCCCAUGAUCUGAACACAACUACCACCAUAACUAACCUGUCAAUCUCCCUGUACAUGCUCAGCAUGUCGAUCUUUCCGCUAUGGUGGUCCUCCUUCAGCGAGCGACUCGGCCGACGCACGAUCUACUUGGUCUCGUUCGUGCUCUUCACGAUCUUCAACUGCAUCUGCGCCAUCUCCAGCUCGAUUGCAAUGCUCAUCGUUUUGCGUAUGCUAAGCGGUGGCGCCUCAGCCUCAGUCCAAGCUGUCGGUGCGGGGACAAUCGCUGAUCUGUGGGAGCCCCGGGAAAGAGGACGAGCGAUGGGUAUUUUCUAUCUCGGUCCACUGUGCGGACCCCUGCUGGCUCCGAUCUUUGGUGGUGCGCUGGCCCAGCGAUGGGGAUGGAGGAGUACCAUGUGGUUCCUGGCUGCGUACGGAGCUCUUACGGUCGUUUUUAUCCUCUUCGCUCUCCCGGAAACACUGGCAGUGCAGAAGCCCGUUCUUCCUGAAACUACCGACGAAGAGGAAGGCGCCACCGUUAUCCGGUCCGUCAGUCGCGUCUCAUCCGCCAAGGCUGUCCGAUCUGCGACACGGUGGUUGAAGUUGUUGAAAAUCAUAUUUAUCGAUCCGCUGAAGAUCGUCCUUUAUCUGCAGUAUAUUCCCGUGCUCUUGACAGUGUACUACGCCAGUAUCACCUUCGGCUCGCUCUAUGUCUUGAACGUCAGCGUGCAGGAUACAUUUGAGAAGUCACCGUACGACUACUCGACUAUUAUUGUCGGCUGUCUUUAUAUCCCCAACUCGUUGGGCUACAUGGUCACCAGUAUCUUUGGCGGGAAAUGGAUGGACAACAUCAUGCAGCGAGAAGCCAAGAAAGCAAAUCGGUAUGACGAGUACGGGAAGCUGAUCUAUCGGCCGGAGGACCGCAUGCGUGAAAACGCAUGGCUCGGCGCUUUUAUGUACCCCGCUGCGCUCAUCUGGUAUGGCUGGACAGCGGAGAAGGGUGUGAUUUGGAUCGUCCCGAUGAUCGCCAACUUUUUCUUCGGCAUGGGCUCCAUGCUCAUCUUCGCUAUGGUAACAACCAUGCUAACAGAAUUCAUGCCGAAAAAGUCCUCCGAGGGCGUGGCGCUCAACAACUUCAUGCGCAACAUCUUUUCUUGUGUGGGCUCGUUCGUCACGGCCCCGAUCAUCAGCGCCAUCGGCAACGGGUGGCUCUUCACCAUUCUGGGAAUUGUCAGCUUCCUCAGCUCGUCCGUUAUUCUCGCAAUGAGGAUCUACGGACCCCGCUGGCGGCAGACAAUGGAGGAACACAUGCGUUGA